AUGGGGUUCAUGACCUUCAGCAGCUGGAGGGCCAGCUUCGCUAGCCUCUUUGUCCUGCUCACCCUCGUGCUCGGCGCCGCAGCCCAGUCGCUCGGCCUCGCCCUCGACGAGGCCGUCCUCGACGAUGCGAACCUCGUCUGCUACUCGAAAAAGCUCACCUUCGAGCAGGACGCGAGCGAGCUCUUCAACGACGGGCAGCUGUACGGGCUCGCCAAGCUGGCCUUUGAGGAGAUGAGGACCAAGUUCCAGGGCGACGGCAUCCGCUCGCGGCGGCAGCCGGGCCUGAUGGCGGCCAUGGCCGUCGGCAAGGACAUCUACCUCACCUCCGACGUCGAGGGCGGCUCGUUCCUGUACACCUACGCCGGCACGGGCCUCAACCCGGACGUCGUCCUCGCGCUCGAGCGCUGCCAGACCGCCCUGCAGCAGGACACGGAUCUGCCCGUCGACCAACAACACCGGGCCAAGGCCAGCUGCGCCGGCGUCUUUGCCGUCCACCAGUAUUAUCUGGACCCGGAUGUGACCGAAGAGGCCCGAAAAGACCCCCCGCCUACCCGUAUAGUGGCCUACGGGAAACCAGGCAUGAGCGGCCCGAUCGGACCACAAAGCGCGUGCGGCGGCGGCGGACAGAUGCGCGACGGCGUCCUCACGUGGGGCUGCAAGCAGUUCAUGGAGGAUGAAGACAUCACGGUGCCGCAGGAGCCCGAGCCGGCCGGCAUCAGCUUGCCGAACCCGUUCCCGCCGUUUACGGACAAGCAGAUCAGCAUCCUAAGCCCCGGCCGUGGUGACAACUGA